AUGGGCUGCUGCUCAAGUAAAGUAGAUAAUCUGUCAGAGCUAAAUAUAUCCAAUCAGCAGCUGCUAGAAAUCAAGCCAGCCAUGUUAAAAAUUCACCCUGACUUGGUGAAACUCAGUGCUCACAAAAAUCAACUAGUGGAUAUUCCAUCAGAUAUUGUGCUACUCAGUAAGCUACAAAUACUGGAUAUAUCAGGAAACAAUAUCAACAACUUUCCACACAAUCUUCCGCCUUCCAUCACUAUUAUCAAUGCCAGCCACAAUAAGCUAUUUAUAUCCCCACUGACUCCAAAAAUUGGCAUGCUGAAGAAUCUACAGCGAUUGGAUAUCAGUCAUAAUCAAAUUGAAGAAUUACCUAUCGAGGUGGCAGAUUUAUCUCGUUUGAAAACUUUGGAACUUCAUCAUAAUAUGCUCACAGCUAUUCCUGCCGGAGUGCUCAAACUGAGUGGUCUGGAAAAGCUAAACUUGUCAUUCAAUCGUAUCACUGAGAUUGACAAUCAAUUUGGAAUGCUAUCUUUACUCAAGAAUCUAAAUGUGUCAAACAAUCUGCUUGUCAAUGUGAGUGCUGAGAUUGGUACUUUGACCAGCCUGGUAUAUUUAAAUUUAGCGUCAAAUCAAAUAACUAUGUUGCCAGAUGAACUUGGAAAUUUGCUUAGUUUGGAAGAGUUUUAUAUCCAAGAUAAUAGAUUUUUGGCAAAUAUUCCUUCUACCAUGUCGAAUCUUACUAUGCUUAAAAAGGUGAACUUGGGCAAUUUGAAACUAAGCACAUAUCCAUCAGCCAUGGCAACAUGGGCAAACAUGACUGAUUUUGUUGUACGCCAAAACGCAAACAUUACUGAAAUACCAGACACAAUUGGCAAACUCACUGGUCUAAAAACUCUUGAAAGUCAAAACUGCUCUAUUCGCAUUUUGGCAGAUGAUAUUGGACAACUUCGAAAUCUGACACGUUUAGACUUGAGAAAAAACCAACUGUCUUCUUUUGCGAUUCCAUAUACUAUUACUGACUGGAAGUCUAUUACCCAUUUGCAGCUUGGAAAUAACUCGUUUGAAAUUAUCCCAGAGGAAAUCUGUCAGUUAUACAGUCUGAUUGACUUGGAUUUCAGCUACAAUAUGCUGGUUGGACUUCCAAAACAGAUUGGAAAGCUUACACAAUUAGUUAAGCUAUGUUUAAACAACAACAAAAUCGAGUCAUUAACAACAGAAAUUGCAUUGCUGAAAUCUCUGCAAACACUUGAAAUACGAUUCAAUGCUUUAUCGCGGUUACCACCAGAGAUUGGCGAGCUAUCAUCCUUGCUGAAACUGGAUAUCAGCGAAAACCAAUUGGUUGAUCUCCCCCCUGAAUUAUAUCUGCUUGAAGGAGUUACUCUGGAGUUGAAAGGAAACCACUUUGAUGCAGUACUGCAACAACACAUUCUUAAAGGUCCAGAGCAUCUCAUGAAAGUGCUUCGAAAAAAAGCAUAG